GAUGGUGAAGGAGGAGAGUGAAGAACUGAGUGAAGAUGAGGAGAAACAUCAUGUCAAAACUGAAACCGAAACUGAAUCAAAGACUGAACAUGGUGUUUCAAUGGAAAGAACGGACAUAAAAGAUGUGAUAGUGAAGGAGGAGAGUGAAGAACUGAGUGAAGAUGAGGAGAAACAUCAUGUCAGGAGUGAAGAAGAAACUCAUACAAACACUGAAGAUAAUUUUUCAAUGGGAAGAACAGCUGUAAAUUGUUUCACCUGCAUUCAGUGUGUAAAGAGUUUCAGUUGUAAAUAUAAUCUCAAGAUUCACAUGAGGACCCACACAGGAGAGAAACCUUACAAGUGUUCACACUGCGACAAGAGAUUCAAUCAUUCAGGAAACCUGAAUUCACACAAGAUGAUUCACACUGGAGAGAAAACACACAGAUGUGAUCACUGCGGCAAAACAUUUUUGAGGCCUUACGAGUUGAAGAAACAUCUUAGACUUCAUACAAAAGAGAAGCCGUAUUCAUGUUCUGAGUGUGGAAAGAGUUUUACACAGCAGUCAUGCUUAAGAAAACAUCAGCAGAUCCACACUGGUGUGAGAGAGUUUGUGUGCUUUGAGUGUGGGGGAACUUUUAUUCGAGCUGGAGACUUGAAACGACAUCAGAUGAUUCACACUGGAGAGAAACCCUGCGUGUGUUCACACUGCAGCAAAACAUUCAGAGAUUCGGGAUUGCUGAAGACACAUGAGAGGAGUCACACAGGAGAGAAACCGUACACAUGUGCUCAGUGUGGGAAGAGUUUCACCCGACUAUCAAACCUUAAUAAACAUAUGCUGAUCCACACUGGAGAGACAAAUCACCAAUAAACAGCUGAACAGACAUCUUAGGGUGCUUUCAUACCUAGACUUUUGUUUCGUAACCUGUCUCGUUUGCCCAGUCAGCACGGUUCGGCAUAUGUGAAUCCAGCAAUUGCGCUCGGAUCCGCACCAAAUCAAUCGGUCCAAGAUCGCCUGAAUGAGGUGGUCUCGGCUCGAUUGAAACAAACUCUGGAGCAUAUCAAUUGUAGUAAGAAAGUGAUGCAAUCCGAGCACGGUUAUAUCAGUGUUUUAUGGAUAUGUAAUAUAUAUAUAUGGCUAUAUGUGGAGAGAAUUAUGAGUAGGGCGGGAGGUCAUUCCAGACAUCCCAAGUCUCCCGGAAGUUCCAGGAAUCUCCCGCAAAUGCACAGGGACUCCCGAGUGAUAAUUUCCCUGAAAUCGUGCGUCUUCCUCUCUGUCCUCAAAUAUGUCGCGCACCUCUCUCACCCCUCCCGCAUCCCUCCUUGCUCUUCAGACACGUCGCACACCCUGUCAAACACCACCAAACCCCCCGGUCCUCACAUAUAAUAUAUUGUCUUAUUGCUCGUCAUCAUAUUUUAAAUAAUGACGCAUGACAGCUGAGCGGGACUCUGCAAAAUAAACCGUGAAACUCUGACCAAUGUGAGGAGAGUUUACUCACACGUGACUUGUUUUAGCUAUUUUGGUCCAUUUAGAAACUUUGCUGUGUAAAAGCGAACCACACCAACAACAAAGAGCAACAAUCUAACAAUUGUAAUUCCUGAUUUGGAACAACUGAAUCGAUUCACAGAUGUGAAAGCACCCUUAGAGUCUGUGUUUGUGCAUUAAGUGUGUGAAGGCUAUUAUUGAAGCUCAAGACUGAAACUGCAGGAGAGGAUUAAGACUGAAGAGAAACCGUAGAGUUUUGGCCACUCGUCUAGUCUACUCAGACACGCAAACACAAUCAGUUUGUGUAAAACUCUUCACCAGCUUUAGGAUGAAGAAACAUCAUGUAAAGUUUUGACAGCAGCUUCAUUGUGGGAUUCAGAUCAGCUUAUAGAUGGAGUUCCUCACCAAACAACAUUAUCUGAAGCUUUUAUUAUUGUCAUCGUCUGUCGUUUUGCCUCCUGCAGAGUUGGGUGUACGGCGUCCCACAGUAAUGAGUUACUGUAUUCUAAUGACAUUUUUGGGGGGACGCAGUAAUGUAAUGAGUUACAUUUUAAAUGUGUGUGAUUUGAUUACAGUUACUAAAGUCUGUGUAAUUGCGUUACUUACAUUACAAAUAUAGACUGUAGAAGAAAAAACACUUAUUUUAAAUCACGUUUUCUGCUGCAACAUCAGUUACUGAGCAUGCACUUUUAAAUAGCUGGAGAACGCGAGCUGAAAUGGCUGCUGACCAGAGUGGCUGCUUCAAGUGGAAAUACAGACGUUACUUUGAUUUCAUUGAGUGUAAAAACUAAAAUAUUGCUGUGAAAGUCAGUCUAUGUCCAGUCUCUAAAGAACUUUUCACUGCUUUUAACUCAACCAGCAGCUUGUUCAAGCACUUGAACAGAAAGCAUUUUACGAUAAUACUCGUCAUCAAGGAGGUCACUGGCGCCCAAAAACACGGUGGCCCAACUCUGCCUAAACAGGCUAAAUUGGAUUUUUGUUCAGGACCAGGAGUGAAGGUAUCUUCUGAAUGUGAGAGAAGCUUAGCUGCUUAUGGGGCCGUUUACAUAUCGUAUCUUUUGCAUGCGCAAGUCAUUAUUCCCAAUGGAAGCGUGCGGCAUGUGCACAUAUAUUUGAAACGCAUAUUGCAAGUGCUAGCAUUUUCCAGGCGCACCAGAUGAAAAUCGCUAGUCACGCAACAGGAGCUAACCGAUUAGCUUCAUACUUUGUACGAAAUAUACACAUUUCGCUAGACUAAUUACCUCAGACAAACACAGAACACCCAAACACUGCAGUGCUUUUGCAUACUAUAGAUGUCAGUGGUUACAAAUAUACAGUUUUCUUCUGAAUGUCUUUUGUGUUAAAGACGAACAGGUUUGGAACGAGUGAAUGAUGAGAGAAUUGUUGGUUUCCGGUGAACUAUCUCUGGUGAAUAAGUCGAUAUGCUGUGAUCAACCCAUUGUAUUGUUUUUCAGUGGAUAUUAAAUUAUUGAAAGAGCUGCA